GGUUUGAGUUGGCAGUGAGAUUUUUCCUUAUAAUUGCAGUCAUUUUGCAACCAAUUAAAAUACUGCAGUUUCGUAGGAAAUCCACACAUUUAACGAAAAAAAUCGAGUGUAAACGAAAACGAAUUAAUUAGGACAGAAAGUGCAAGUAAAAUUAUGCGUUUUAUCGUGUGUGAAAGCACGAAAACGAAAAGUGACAGUACAUAAUUGAAAAAUAGAACUACAAUUUCGGUGUAUAAAUUGUAAGAGAAAUGUCUUGGGUGCAACAAAAUGCAUCAGCGCUACCGCCCACGCUGCCACCGCAUCAGCACCAACAGCAGCAGCAGCAGCACCCAUAUUCACAACAGCAAAAACAUCAAGCUCCACCGGUUGCACAGCAGCAGCAAUCAUUAAAUAUACCACAACAACAACAACAGCAUUUAUCACCACAACCAUUGGCACCAGCCAAUUCAGUUGCCACCACUAAUGCUUACACGAAUCCGGUACCGCCACUUGCAUCCAACCUGCCCCCCUCCUCUGGCGCAUAUUUGAGCAAACAGUUAACUUCUAACAAUAACACUCAACAGCCGCAGCAGCCUAACUCCUUACGCUCGCCAAUGCAUGCCAACGGUGGCACACACCAGCAGCAGCCUGGCCAUUUUGGCGGCGUACAGCAGCUGCAGCAGCAACCGUCACCGGCAUCAGCCGCUUGGCAGCAACCAACUUACGGGCAGCCGAAUAAAAUCAUGCAAUCUAAUGCUGCCGCUACUAACAAUAAUUGGCCGCAACAACAACAACAGCAGCAGCCACUGCAGCAGCAACCACAACAUGCCAGCAAUCUGUACCCCACUCAACCGCAGCAACAACACACAACAGCAAAUGCCACGCAUAAUAUCUGGCAGCCGCCGGACUUGCCAGUGUCGGCUGCUGUAAAUAGCGCGCCACCGCAACAGCAGCAACAACAAUAUCCACAUCAAACCACAUAUGAUAAUUAUUUCACAUCAAACCAAUCGACUCAACAGCAGCCACCACAACAGCCACCGCCUCCCACUGCACAGCAGGCACAAUAUCAACAGCAACCGCUGCAGCAAGUGGCACACGAUACGUCGAAUUUCUUUCAGCCACAGACACAGUCACAAUAUCAGCAGCAGCCAGCUCAACCCGCUGCUGAUUUCUUUGAUAACAACAAUGCGAACAAGAGCGAUGGCUGGGGUGACUGGGAUUGGAAUGAUAAUGGGAAUGUGAUUGGUAGUGAAGCUGAACAAGCACCAACUGGGCAGCAGCAGCAGCAGCAACAGCAGCAGCAGCAUUCCACACAGUUGCCGAUUCAGAAGCCGACGUAUCAACAACAACAACAACCUCCACAACAACAUAUUUCGGAGCCACAAUCAACGAACUACAACACUUCAAAUGUAAUUGAGGACAGCUUUGGUACACAAUCGACGAACGAGAACUGGAGUUGGAAUCUUGGCGACGAUGUAAAUGCGAAUGCGAAUACUGUAGGUGUCGAAAAACAACCCACACUACCACCUCAAGUGCCAACAACUACAAAUAACCGUCAAGCAACACAAGUGCCCCGACAAGUCGCAAACAGCGUUCAAGUGCCUCAACAGAAAGCGGCUGAAUUUGCUGUAACAGAUGCAGGUGGGGUGAAAGCGGCAGCAGCAACUGUUUUAGGCAAACCCACUUCACUACCACUCUCCGAAGCGAGCAAUGAGAAUUACAAUACAAGUGCGCCACCACCAGCAAUUAGCCUCGUCGCUUCCGCUCCCUCAUCCACUGUUACCGGUGUCGCCGUCACAACCAAUAGCAACAUUCCAAACUCCGUUUACGUAUCACAAGCCAAACCAGUUUCGCGCCCAUCACGGCAGUACGCCUCACCACCAGGCGUUGCCAGUCCCACAAGCGAGCCGUUGGAAAAUGCCUUAGCACCACCACAGGCUUUCCAAAAUGAAAUAGCUGCUGCACAACCCGAAACAAUAUUGCUUGCCGGUGCCACGCAAAAUUUACCGCUGCAAACUCCGCCGCCGCCAGCCAUGACACCGCCAAACAAUUUGCCACCGCCGCCUGGUGCUGGCGCUGUAGCUGCUGGCAAUCCUUUUAAGCGUGCAGGUGCUGUGCAGCAUCACCGCGCUGGCUUGUUGGCAACCAGCAACUCCGCGCCACCAACAGCAGCAGCCUUUGCGGUGCCACCACCACCUGCUGAUUUUGCUAAUCCGUUGCUCAACCACUUGGAACCUGAUAAUUCAGAAAUAUUGCAUGAGAAUCAAGAAGUUUUAGGCUUGCCCUUGCCUUCGCCGCCACCACCGUCGCUGCAGCAGCCGACAACACAGUCAAUGACUUUACCUGGCGCUCCUAUGGGCUCAAUGCCUCCAACAGCCACACAAACGGCGUUACCGCCGCCGCCGCCGCCCAAUGAUGAACGCAAUCAGUACUUGCAGACCAGUCCUUUAUCGGAGAACCCCGAUGAGGAGUUGAAUUUAGAAGUCGAUAGUUUACCGCCACCUGGUCUAUCGCGUUUGGUGCUGGGACAGCCCGAGUUGCUGGAAGCAUCACAACGCAUGGUGACUGGCACCGAGGAGCCGGCAAAUAUGCAUAUGGAUGAGCGUCAUGCAGAUGGCGAGGAUACAUCGCUGGAGCAGGUACAACCAGUGCCGCUGCUAAAUGCCGCCCAGCGUGGGGGCUUGAGCAAUAGCGGCAACUUGGGAGCGCCUUCUGCGUCCGCCAACAAUAGCAACACUAUAGAUAUUACCACAGAUCGCAAUUUGUAUUUGGUGCCUGGCGAAAGUAAUGUUAGCAACGAGCAACGCGUUGUGACGGGAGUCGAAAGGUCACCCGAGAGCAAUGCCCCUGCGCCACCGCCACAAAUCGCUAGUGGCCAGCGCGAAAUUGAGCUUGACGGUGAGAAUUUGGAGGAUCAACAGCAGUUGCAGCAUCCGCCCUUGCUCACCGUGAACAGUCGCGAUGAGCCACCUUUGGAGGGCGCUGCUGCUAGCAGCGAACCGCCAGCACCUUCAAACGCUGAGAACCAUGAUGCUCAUCACCAUCAUGCUCAACACCACCAUCAUCAUCAGACGAAAUCAAAGGAUCUAUCCAAUGCCUCGACUGGCAAUGAUGAGAGCGAUCCGGUGGCAGAUCAUCAGCACCACCUUCACGCGACGCGUUACACAGGUAGCAACAAGUCGCGCAAACACUCGGCUGGUGAGUUGGAGCGGAAAGUAAUUGAUCGUCAGCAACAACAGCGCCGCGACAAGCAACGCAGCUCUGUUGAUCGAUAUGAAAGCGACGAUCUCGAACUCGACGAGUCCGAACCAUACUCGAGUGAUCGUGAGCGCGAGCGUGAACGUGAACGUCGUCGCGGCUAUCGUGAAGGUAGUGUACGCAGCGAUCGUGACCGCGAAGAGCGAGAGUAUGCGAAGGAUAAACGGCGCCGCGGAGGUGAUCGUGGUGAGAAGCGCGACGAACGUGGCGCUGGCGAUCGUGAAAAGUUGCGCGAUAAGUAUUAUGCACGUGAAAGUGGCAAAUCAGAUGCAUUGCGCCGAAGUGUGCGUCACAAUCGCCAAUACGAAGAGGAUGUAGACGAUACGGCUGGUCGGCGCAAAGAGCAAUCACGUCGCAAUGGUACACGUCAUCACAAUGAAGAUCGCGCCGGACGCAGCGAUCGCAGUGAACGCGACUAUGACGACUACAAUCGUCGUCAUCGUGGCUCAACUAAACGCGGUGAAAAAUCCAUCGAUGAGGGGCGCGACGUGCGCCGUAGCACUUAUGUGGAUGAUGAACGGCGCGAGCAUCGGCGCACACGUCGCGAACGCGGCGUUGACUAUGAUACACUGGAGCGCCGACCUCGUGGUGGGGGCGACAAACCAACGCGUGGUGAACGUGGCGAUGCACGCGAAUACGAAGAGUACCGUAAGCAGAGCUCACGCAAUGCACGUGAAAGUGAUUUGGAAAAGGAGCGCGCACGCUACGAUCCACGACAUGCCGCCAUGUAUGGCUAUCCGCCAGGCGCGUAUGGCUAUGAUCCGUACACUUCCUAUUACUAUGAGCAAAUGGCGCGCACCAAUCCGCAGGCAUACUCGGAGUGGUAUAAGAAGUACUAUGGCCAUGCGGCUGCUGCAGCAGCAUCGAAUUUGGGUGCGCAGAUUGCGACAGGCGGCGAUCAUGCCAGCUUGAAUAGUAGCUCUUUGGCGGCAGCUACGGCAGACGGACGUGAGUCGGUGCAUUCGGGUCGUAGUUCGGUGCAAAAUGACAAGGAUAGGUAUACACAUGCAUACAUUUCACAAGCCAAUGAAUUCCAUCGACAUUUGCAACAGCGGCAUCUGCAAACACAGCAGCAGCAGCAACAACAACAACACAUGAUUUACAAUCAACAACAUAUGAAUAUAUCGCUCAAUUCAACAAUGGUAGAUGAUGGCACGGGCAGUCUGUAUGGCGGUGGUGGUAUUGGCGUCGGGGGCGAAGCUUUACGUGCCGCGCGCUCUACAAGCAAUCUGUCGCAAGUCGGCAGCGGUUUCGGCGGUGGCUUCAGUAGCAUCGGUGGUGGUGCUGGUGGUGGCGGCGUUGGUUUGACGGCAUACUACGCGGGCGUUGGUGGAGUAGCUGCAUCUUACUAUGCGCGUUCAGAUUAUGCGGAGUCCAGAUCGGGUCAUAUGUCAUUGCGCGAUGCCGAUGCCAUCACCGAACCCGAUCCACAACGACUCACACCACGUAAAUUCGUCAACGAGCACACAAUUGUUUCGCUAUCGGCCGGUAUACUCGUGACCGUUAAACCGAAGUACACUUCGCAUGGCGCCAUUAGUAACGUUGUGAAGUUGCAACGUUUGGGUGCCAACGAUGCCACACGCCAACUCUUCCAGUCCUACCCUGGUCCACUGGUGCGUGGCCUAACGCAUAAGAAGACAAUUAUAGAGUUUUGCGAAGAUCAGAUACGUUUGGGUCCCAUGGAGACCACCAUUUAUGCCAAGCAGCUGGUGUGCAAUAAUAUCGAUAAAUAUCGUGGCUCCUACACGUUGAUGUGGAAUUUACUGAUUUUGUUGCUGCGUCAAAAUGGCAUGGUCGUUGGCACUGACAUUGCCGAGUUACUAUUGAAAAAUCAACAACAAUUUCCUUAUCAAGCAGAAAUCUCUGAUGGCGAUUCGUCUGCGCUCAGUGGCGAUGAGGAGGCGGAAGAGCAAGAGACGCUUGCUACUGAAACUACUGCUGAGCAGGAUAAGCCGGAGCAGGCGCAAGUUAAUUCCGAUGAUGCAGUUGCUUCAGCUACGCCAGCACCAAAAUCCACCACAAUCAUUAGCACUCCUCUAGCUCUAACUGAGCCGGAAAUAACUGAAAAGUUCCGUAAUUAUUUGCUAUACGGUAAUGUGAAUGAAGCUCUAGACUGGGCCACAGACAACAACCUGUGGGGUCAUGCGCUAUUCCUGGCCUCCAAAGUUGAUCGUCGUUCACAUGCAAAUGUCAUGAUGAAGUUUGCCAAUAAGCUAUCGUUGAACGAUCCACUGCAAACACUUUACCAGCUAAUGAGCGGUCGUCAGCCGUCUAGCGUGACUAGUGUGCAGGAUGAAAAAUGGGGUGAUUGGCGGCCACACCUUUCGAUGAUACUGUCGAAUACGUCACAAAAGCCAGAAUUGGAUCGCAAAUCGAUAACGACGCUCGGUGAUUCAUUGUUGAAUCGUGGCGAUUUAUUUGCCGCUCAUUUCUGUUACCUAAUGGCGCAAGUGGGCUUCGGACGCUAUCAGGAGAGCGCCACACAAGAGAGCACGCUGCAACAGCAUUUACCGAAGUUGGUUUUGCUCGGCUCAUCACAUUAUAAAACUUUCAACGAUUUCGCGACCAAUGAAGCCAUUAUGAUGACCGAAAUUUAUGAGUAUGCUUGCUCACUGAAUGAUGAAAAAUUCUCGCUAGUUGAGUUUCAGCCUUACAAAUAUUUGCUGGCCACGCGGCUAUUGGAUUAUGGCUACCAUUUACGUAGUUUAAUGUAUUUUGAGCAAAUAGCGCUGCAUAUACAACGGGAUUCGAGCAAAUAUGAACCAAGCUUUAUAAACAAGAUCUACGAAUUUGCGGAUCGCCUCAAAUACUACGAUCCGGUAUUGGAGCGUUCAGUGGAUGAUCAACAACAAGAUGCUGAUGGUAAUUUGAAUAACAGUCAGUUAACGAAUUUCGAAGACCAAAAGUGGUUGCAAGAUUUGCGCGCCAUUGCAGUGCAACAUAAGAUCGAUUACGCCAGCUCUCCCCCAGUUGGUUAUGGACAAAUUGCUGACACACAAAGUCAAAUCGAUCAACAAUUUGUGGAGCUGAAUAAACAAUUCAAUGAGCUGAAUAUGCAGUAUAAUAGUGUUAGCAAUGCUGAACAGCCGCCUACCUUCUAUAAUCCAGACACAAUGCAGCAGCAGCUACAGCAACAGCAACAGCAGGCACCUCAACAAUCGCAUAACGAUGCAAACGCUGAUCCAUACAAUCAGCAACAGCAGCAACAGCCAACAGGCGUUAGCGAUUACAUCAGCCAUCAAGCAAGCGCAGAUCAGCAAGCUCCAAAUUACUCAGACGGCGUUGCACAAAAAGCAGUCGAUGCAAGCGAUGCGUAUGCCUAUUACAAUCAGCAACAACAACAGCAAUACAUGCAACCAGACAUACAGGCACAACAGCAACAGCAGCAGGAACCACAUUCAAUUCCCUACUAUGAUCCAACGCAACAACAACAACAGCACCAUUAUCCAGAAGUAGCGGAUGCACAAAAUAAUGCUGGCGCAUAUGAUUAUUGGGCACAACAACAACAGCAACAACCACAUGUCGGUUAUGGUGAUGAGCACGCUACAAAUGAUGAUAACGCCAAUGAGCUAACAUUAGCAACAAUAAAAGAAUCAGAAGCAUCUUUAUUAGAUGAUUCAAGAAAAAGCGCCGAAGCAAAUUUGAAACCAAACGAGGUGCUACCGUUGAAACAAACUCCGGUGAAAUCAAAACUAACAACAAAGACAUAUAAAACUACAUUGCAACAACAACAACCGUUGAAAAUAACUGCAGCAGCAGCCAAAUUAUAUAAUAGCUAUGAUGGCCCUUACACACGUGUUGCGAAGAAGGCCAACGCCAACCACAACAAUAAUAAUAAUCAGCUAUCCACUAGUGGUUUUGAGAAGCAACAACAGAAACAACCACACCCGGCGAAGUUGGCUACAUCCUUCCUAAGCUCGCCGCCAGAUAAUGCGCGCCCCACCAUAUCGAUGCCAAAAUCGAAAAUCUAUGAUUCAGAUGAAGAUAAGCAACAAAAGCAGCAAGCUCAGCAGAAAAGUGGCGCCACCGCAGGCAACAACAACAAGCAGCAGCGUGGUAAAAGUGAUGGUGGGAAAGAGGCAAAUAAGAGUUCCCUGCAAGGUAAUCAAAAUUCCGGUUGGUUCGGUGGUAUUUGGAAUAAGCUUUCACUCAAGCCUAAAAACCAAAUGAUACUGCCGGAUGACAAAAAUCCGAGUAUUGUCUGGGAUCCGGAGAAUAAACGCUGGAUAAAUACGGAUGGCGAUGAAGCGACAGAGGAAAGCUUUAAACCGCCACCAAAAAUGAGCGAUAUAAUGGCACAAGCGCCACCACUGGGAGCUGCCCCCCCAAUGCAGCCGUAUCCACAGCAACAGCAACAGCAACAUCAGCAACAACAACAACAGCCACAGCCACAACAACAACCAACGCAAGCACCCCAACCUUCACCACUGCUCGACACUCACCAAUAUGCUCCUGCUGCCACUGUCCCCUCGCCGGCACCUGUACCGGCGUCCUCAGUUUCACCAGCGCCGGUCUCUGGCUACAGUGCGCAUGCGCUGACCGGCGCCGAUGCUGCAGGUGCAAGCAAAACGCCUAGUUUGCAGUCGAAUAUGUUCAAAAUGCAACGCAAUCGAACCUUAAAGAACUCUUACGUUGAUGUGUUCAAUCCCUCAGGUGCACCCAUGAAGGCGACGGAGAAUGUGCUGGCACCGGCACUGCCUCCAGCCGCGGUGCCUCAAAGCGGUUUUUUCAUACCGGGACCGGCGCCUGUGGCCGCUACAGGGGACAAUAAUGAUGGUGUUGCAUAUCAGCAGCAACAACAACAGCAAAUGCCACAACAAGAUGUGCCACAAUUCUACAAUCCAAACCAAUUCGGCGGUGGUGCUUACUAGAUAAGUCAGGCUUUCACACAUACACCUACAUAUAAACAUACAUACACAUAAAGCUUAAUUUACAUAAUACGAAAAAGUAAAGGAAAGAAAAUAGACGUAAAGAAAUAUCUUAAAACGUUAAUUGCUGACUUAAAAAAUUUAACAAAAAAAUUCAUUCAACUGCAAAAAUAAGCCUAAAACAGAUGAAUAAUUAUAAUUUAUGUAUGUAUGUAUAGUAGCAAAAAAAAAAGAUAAAUCAAAAAUCAAAGAAAAAAAAAAUAGAUUAUUGAAUUAGAAGCAGCUUGUAUGGAAUGGUUAGUGUUGGUGAAUAGCGCUGAGCGGAGC